AUGUAUUAUCGCUCAAGCGACGCGAUCCUUACUCAAGCGAUUCCCAAUGUAGUUAUAAUUGCUCGAGCGAGGCCACCAACAAAAGCAAAAACUCUUCUCAGGCCAUUUUUCACUAGAGCAAAUGUUUUCUCACUAAAGCGAAUAUCUCUGUUAUUUUAUUGGGGUAAUUGGGUCUUUUGUCGCUCAAGCGAGGUUUCUGGGGAAUCUCAAUCUAAGGUUCAUGAGGGUGUAGAGCGGGUGUGUACACGCGCCGGCACUCUCUCCGAUUAG